CCCACUUUUGGAUGACUUUCCUCCCCCAUCCCGCCACCUCUUUUCUCUUGCUGCCGCAUUUCGCCGAUCGCCAACGGAACGACGUCUUCUCCAACAUGCCCGAGCAGCUCAGCGUCUCGGAGUUCGUGGCCGUGACUUCGGAGGAUCUCAGCUCGCCGACGGCUUCGAGCUUCACUUCCAAAAUGCAUAAGUGCCGCGGGGCGGUGGUGGCCCUGGAGGAGAGUCUGGACGGAGACCAAGCCAUUCUCCAGCGGAUCAGGAAAUAUGUGAAAGCUAUCCAUCUUUCUGGGCUCACACACGUGGAGAAUGAGGAACAGUACAGCGAAACUCUGGAGAAUUUUGGCAACAACCACCUUUCUCAGAACAAUCACGAGCUUUCCACGGGCUUCCUAAAUCUGGCUGUCUUUACCAGGGAGGUGACAGCACUUUUCAAGAACCUGGUGCAAAAUCUGAACAAUAUUGUUUCUUUCCCUCUGGACAGCCUGCUGAAAGGGCAGCUUAAAGAUGGCCGGAUGGAUUCCAAGAAGCAGAUUGAAAAGGCUUGGAAGGAUUACGAGAACAAAGUCGCAAAGCUGGAAAAGGAGAAGGAGCGAUCCAAGUUGUCUGGAGUCAUCCAGGCUGACCCGUCGGCAGCAGAAAUCGCCGAGGAACUGCAGAAGGAGCGCCGCUUUUUCCAGCUUCAGAUGUGCGAGUACCUCCUGAAAGCCAAUGAAAGCCAAACAAAACAUGGUCCGGAUUUCCUGCAGAGCCUUAUCAAGUUCUAUCAUGCACAACACAAUUUCUUCCAAGAUGGCUGGAAGGCAUCUCAGAACCUGCACCCAUUCAUCGAGAAGCUGGCCGCAUCAUUACAUGCACUUCAUCAAGCCAAGGAAGAAGAGGUGAAGCAGCUCACUCGGAUCCGCGAUUCCCUCCGAGGCAUCCUGCAGCUGGAGAACAAAGGGGAAAACCUCAACAGGAAGAACUCCGGCAGUGGAUACAGUAUCCAUCAGCACCAAGGCAACAAGCAAUAUGGGACGGAGAAGUCGGGCUUUUUGCACAAGAAAAGUGAUGGGAUCCGGAAAGUGUGGCAGAAGAGGAAGUGUGGCGUGAAGUACGGAUGCCUCACCAUCUCACACAGCACAAUAAACCGGCCUCCUGUAAAGUUAAAUCUAUUGACCUGCCAAGUGAGGCCUCAUCCAGAGGAUAAAAAGUCCUUCGAUCUUGUGACACACAAUAGGACUUAUCACUUCCAAGCAGAGGAUGAGCAAGACUGCAUCGUGUGGGUGUCGGUACUCCAGAACAGCAAGGACGAAGCGCUCAGCAAUGCUUUCAAGGGCGAUCCGGGUGGCUGCAUGUCUUCAGCCGGCAGCAUGGCUGACAGUGGACUGCAAGAACUCACCAAGCUGAUCAUUGGUGAGGUGAAGAACAUGCCGGGCAACAGGCAGUGCUGCGAUUGUGGAGCCCCAGAUCCCACGUGGCUGUCCACCAACCUUGGCAUCCUGACGUGCAUUGAGUGCUCAGGGAUCCACCGUGAGUUGGGCGUGCACUACUCGCGCAUCCAGUCGCUGACGCUUGACGUGCUCAGCACUUCUGAACUGCUGCUGGCAGUCAGCAUUGGAAAUGCCAAGUUUAAUGACGUCAUGGAGGCCACCUUACCAGCACAAGGCAGCCCGAAACCGUCCUCAAGCAGCGAUAUGAACGCCCGGAAGGAAUUCAUCAUGGCCAAGUACAUGGAGCGCAAGUACGUUCACAAAGCCGCCAGGGACGAGCCUUUCCGUCUCUGGGAAGCUAUCCGGAGCAGGGAUCUCUUGGCGCUGCUUCAGGCCUUUGCAGAGGGUCAUGAUCUCUCCAAACCUCUAGCCAGCCCUGAAGGGCAGGAACAAGGUGAACGAGCUCUGCAUCUAGCUGUGCACUAUGCCAACAAAACCUCGCUCCCGCUGGUGGAUUUCAUUAUUCAGAAUGGGGGCAAUCUAGACAGGCCAACUCCAGAUGGGAACACUGCCCUGCAUUAUGGAGCCCAGUACAAUCAGCCCAACUGUAUCAAACUGCUGCUGAAAGGCAAAGCCUCAACAAGUGCAGUAAAUGGAGCUGGCGAAACACCUCUGGAUGUGGCAAGAAGGUACAAGCAUGUGGAGUGUGAAGACCUGCUGGAGCAAGCACAAGCAGGCAGGCUGGCUCCCCAGAUGCACGUGGAUUACGACUGGGAAGCACCUCAGGAGUUCUCGUACGACAGUGAAGAUGAGCUGGAUGAAAAGGUGAGCCCGCUGCAGCGAUCCUUUGGGUCCUCGCCGUCUCCAACCACGGGCCAGCCGGCCCUCUUCCCUCCAAACAGGUGGAGCUGCACAGGCAUGGACAUCAGCAACAAGACCUAUGAGACCAUCCUGGUCCCCUCGCGGCCUGGCCUGCGGAGCUCCAACAGCGAGGAGGGCCCCCCGCCAUUACCAGUCAAAAAACCCACCAGAGGGAGCGCCAAGACAAAACCAGACUCCUCCGAGUCCUCGUCCCAGUCGUCAGACGUCCCUGAUGGUCAGCACUCAUCCACUUCCAAUGUAUCUGGCACGGUGGACAGUCGGCACUUGUCCACUUCCAGCGCUCCUGGUACGCUAGACAGUGGCACCUCUCGGCAGCCAUCGAGCUUCCGAAACUCCGUGGAGGUCAAAGGCACAGCCUACUGGGAAACCUGCUCUGAGACGGACACUGGGUCCCAACGGAGAAGAUCAGAGUCUAAUCAGAUGGCAGUGUUGCAUCCUUCUCCCGGGACUUCUCCUGAACAAGGGCAAGCAAACCCAGUAAAGUUCAGCUCAGAGAGCACCCGAUCCUACCGGCGGAUCAGUAGCGGCUCAGUGGGAAAAUCUUCCGGCACUCCCCUUUCCCCGCAGGGAUCUGUUUUCCCAGAAGAACUGCCUUCCAGCAAGGCUCCGAUGCUGCCGCAAAACCCUCCCCCUGUGCCCAUGCCAAGAAGAUUUGCUCCGGCUAAGGGACGGCCAAAGAGAGUAAUGGCUUUGGCUGACUGCAGAGGAGACAAGGCCCGGGAGCUGACUUUUUCCAAGGGUGAGGUGAUUGUGGUGACACGGGAAGAGGACGAGCAAAGUUGGGUUGGUUUCAUUGAAGGCGAUGGCACGAGGACAGGCGUCUUCCCUUCCAGCUUCGUCCACCCUUUGCAGGACUGAUAGGACCCUUUGUGUACAUCCUUUGGCUGGGGAGAUGAACCAGCUGGAGCUGCUUUGUGGAC